UAGUCGGAGUGGGGCCGGCAGGCGUAGACGUAUUCGGGUCGGGCCCGCCGACAAGAGGAAAAAUUCAAUUUUGGUACCAACUGUAUCAGUAUAUGUUAGUAUCAGAUAUUCUGUCCUUCUUGAUCAUUUCUAACAGUACGAAGAUUUGCCAUUGAUAUGGCAGGGAGCGGGGAGGAAUCAAAGAAGUUGCAGCUCUACUCAUAUUGGAGGAGUUCAUGUGCAUUUCGUGUUCGAAUAGCUCUUAAUUUGAAAGGAUUGGAUUAUGAGUAUAAAGCUGUUAACUUGCUUAAAGGAGAACAAAGGGACCCUGAAUACUUGAAGCUGAAUCCCCUUGGAUAUGUGCCAACAUUGGUGGAUGGAGAUGCAGUAAUAGCUGACUCUUUUGCUAUCUUAAUGUAUCUGGAAGAGAAGUAUCCCCAGCGAGCAUUGUUGCCUCAGGAUUGUCAGAAAAGAGCAAUCAACUAUCAGGCUGCAAACAUUGUUGCGGCAAACAUUCAGCCUCUACAGAAUCUUGCUGUACUUAAGUACAUCCACGAAAAAGUUGGCCCUAAUGAGACAACCCCUUGGGUUCAAAGUCAUAUAACAAAAGGCUUUGAAGCACUUGAAAAGCUACUUAAAGAUUAUGCUGGAAAGUAUGCAACAGGAGAUGAAGUUUACAUGGCCGACUUGUUUCUGGCACCUCAGAUCCAUGCGGCAAUCAAGCGUUUUGAAGUUGACAUGAAUCAAUUCCCUACUCUGUUGAGGGUAUUUGAGGCUUACCAAGAGCUGCCUGCUUUCCAGGAUGCUAUGCCAGAAAAACAGCCUGAUGCCACAUGCUGAGGCAAGAAUCUGAGGCCAUCCAUCUUCUUUCUCAAACCAUUGGCAUAACUGCUGGACUUGAAUUUUGGCAGAAUUGUUAACUGUUUGCUGCAACAUUCUAUUUCUGAAGGCAUUGCCUUUUGUAAACUUCUUUACGAUGAAUAAAUGUAGAGCUGUGUAACACUAGCAAACUUCUUUACGAUGAAUACAUGUAGAGCUGUGUAACACUUGCAAACUUCUUUACAAUGAAUAAUGUAGAGCCGUGUAACGCUUCAGUUAUGGCACAGUCAUGAGCUACUGAAGUCAGAUGGUGUUGUACCUAUGUUAAGGAGCCGAGGAUGAACAUUCCUUGGUCUCUGUUGUGAUUUGUGAGAUAUUAUAAAGUUGUCUGCAUGUUGAAAAGAGCAGAUGUUUCUAUUA